CGUUCAUGUGUUGACAUCAGAAUGGGGUCAAGACUCACCAGUACGAGGUUCUGGUUGCAAAAAACAUAACUUCCUCCACCACUGAACUCAACAUCUGAAAAUCAAAAUGCAUCUUCGUUGAGAAGAUGAGCUGGAGACCUGUGAAGACAUGAGCACCCAAAGUCCCACGGAAAUGUGCGACACCUCAGUGCCCCAUGGGUGGAUCAGGGAAGUUAGGCAGAGAAAAACAGGCAAGACAGCAGGAAGACUGGAUGUGUAUAUAACAAGUCCCACAGGACAGAGGUUUCGGUCAAGAUCAUCCCUGCAUGCCUUUCUAUUAAAAAGCGGAGAAGAGAACUUGGACAUAAACCUUUUUGACUUUACCAUACCCAAAGAUGAGUUCACCAGUAGCUCGCAAACACUUGAAUCGCAGGAAAAGCAGAGGAGACAGAGGAAAGCACAAGCAGCUGGCCUGCAGGAGAAGACAGACAAUAAGCUGGAAUCAGCCUCAAGUGAAUGUAAAAAAGGUACGGCUACAGACGAGGCUGUUCACACCAAAACAAACGUGCCAGAUGUGACAAAGCGUGUGCUAGAAGUUUGCAAGGACAAAAGUUGUUCUCGAGCUGCAGCAUCUGGCUCAGUGGAUGAUGUGCAGAGGAGCUGCCAUCAGAAGGUGGGGCUGCUGAGGGAGAAGCUGCUCCGGCUGGCUCCUUCCAGUCGGCAACAAAACAAGCCUUCAGCCCCACCUCUGGGUGCCGAAGCUGCCACUGAGAGCGAGAACGAAGGUGGGAACGCGCCAGACACAGAUGUUACACAGAUUCACAGCCAAGGUGACAAGAAGUCUAAAUCUGAAAUGACGGAGGAUGCUGACAGUCACAGGGAGGAGGAGGAGGAGGAGGUGUUGGUACCUGACAGCAAUGCUGGGAGCUGCAAACUACUAAGAAAAUCCCAGAAUAAGUCCAAGAGUGUGGAAAACAAACGAAGAAAAAGUCCUUACUUCAGCAGAAAACCCCUCAAAGAUGGUCUUAGCCCACCCAGAAGAAAAGCCUUGAGGAAGUGGACACCCCCACGGUCUCCCUUCAACCUGGUACAGGAAACCCUUUUCCAUGACCCCUGGAAGCUCCUGGUGGCCACCAUUUUUCUGAAUAAGACAAGUGGUCGGGUGGCCAUUCCAGUGCUGUGGAGGUUCUUUGAGCUGUACCCGUCUGCAGAGGUGACCAGGGGGGUCGACUGGAAGCCCAUGUCUGAACUCAUGAAGCCACUCGGACUGUAUGAGCUGCGAGCCAAAACUAUCAUCCGCUUCUCAGAUGAGUAUCUGAACAAACCGUGGCGUUACCCCAUCGAGCUGCACGGGAUUGGCAAAUAUGGCAACGACUCCUACAGGAUCUUCUGUGUUGACGAGUGGAGACAGGUGAAACCUGAAGAUCACAUGUUGAACAAGUAUCACGCCUGGCUGUGGGAGAACCAGAAAACACUGGGAAUCUGACCAGUCCCAGGAGGAUUUGAUCCCUGAUUAUCAAGGAGGAGAAAUCAGCUGUCACAAUCUCUGAGAGCAUCCAGCUGUGAUGGAUCAUGAUUGUAGUUUUAAACCUGAGUCUCUUUGGGAUUGUGCUGUGACAUUUUAAAGGGUUGCUCUUUAGCGAGGAUGUUUUACUUCUUUUUCAAAUAAAUGUUUUAAAAGUUGGA